AUCAGCUCGCUAAGCGGGGACACGGUGUUCCCGUUCCAGUUCCCGGGGGGUCAACUGAGUCGCUCGGGUGGUUUACGGUCCUGUUGCCUGCAGAGUGUACAAGCGAGAACACCCUUCUGUAAGUGAAAUUGCACUUGGCUCUGUAGUUGAUCGUGCAAGAACUCUGCCUGGACUCUGUGUGUCAUUGGACUCCUACAGUCAAUCAUUAACUGAACAGAGAAGAAAAACACUCGGUAACUCAGCAAACAGCAGUGAGGGACAGACGAGAGAGGAGGGGAAAACUGACUGAGAAAAACACAGCCUGCAAAACAAGCACAGAGAAGAAGAAAAACAAAUGAAUGAUUACAUUAUGGAGAGAUAAGCCCCCGCCCCUGACGAGAUCUCUCUGUAUUCACUGUCCACUCUCCUGAACCACCACCUGCUAUCAGAGGCCACUGAUAUGGAAGGCUUGACAGGGCGGCUCCCUGUUAGCUCUGCGAUUCACCAUUAACCCCGUUAUCGACUGCAGCAUUGUUCCCCUUUCUUGCUUAAAUUCACCCGGAGGGGACUUAAGCCGUCACAGAGUUCACUUCGUUUGCUCUCCUCGCUCCUGCUGGCUGUGUUGCUGCGCCGCAUAUAAAGUUGUCCUUUUUUCGCUCCGUUCUUCAAGUGGUGGUUUUGUUAAUCGAGACCAUGGGGGCGACGGGGUAUGGAUAUUACCGGACCACUAUAUUCACGGCCAUGUUCGUGGGUUACACGCUGUACUACUUCAACAGGAAAACCUUCUCCUUCGUCAUGCCCUCCGUCAUGGAGGAGAUUGAGCUGGACAAGGAUGACCUGGGUCUGAUCACCAGCAGCCAGUCUGCUGCCUACGCUAUCAGCAAGUUCAUCAGCGGGGUGCUGUCGGACCAGAUCAGCGCGCGCUGGCUCUUCUCCAUCGGCCUCUUUCUGGUGGGCACCAUCAACGUGGUCUUCUCCUGGACCUCCACCGUGAGCGUCUUCGCAGUGCUUUGGUUCAUCAACGGGCUGGGUCAGGGGCUGGGCUGGCCCCCAUGUGGGAAGGUGCUGAGGAAGUGGUUCGAGCCGUCUCAGUUCGGGACCUGGUGGGCCGUGCUCUCCUGCAGUAUGAACCUGGCAGGGGGGCUGGGCCCACUCGUCGCCACGGUGAUGGCGCUCAGCUACAGCUGGAGGACCACGCUGUCCAUCUCGGGGCUGAUCUGCGUCGCCACGUCCUUCCUCUGCCUCCUCUUCAUCAAGAACGAGCCGGCCGACGUAGGGCUGCCCAGCAUCGAACCUGGGGCCAAGAAGGGCAAAGGAGCUUUAUUUUCCCCUCUGCCAGGCUCGAGGGACGAGAGCACCCUGAAGGAGUUCCUGCUGUCCCCCUACCUCUGGGUUCUCUCGGUUGGGUACCUGGUUGUGUUUGGAGUGAAGACCGCCUGCACGGACUGGGGGCAGCUGUUCCUCAUCCAGGAGAAGGCCCAGUCCAUACUCAUGGGAAGCUCCUAUAUGAGUGCUCUGGAGGUGGGGGGUCUGGUUGGCAGUAUCGCCGCGGGGCUCCUCUCUGACAGGGCCGUUGCUCGGCAAGGCCUGCGUAGCCAUGGCAACCCUCGGCACGCCCUCCUGCUCUCCAUGAUGGCCGGGAUGACUGUGUCCAUGUACCUCUUCCGGGUCACCAUCACCCCCGACUCCUCCAAAGAGUCUUCACUCUGGACAGUGGCUCUUCACCCUCUCUCUAUCCUCACUGGUUUAUCGGAGCAAGAGAUUUUGAUUCUCUCAUUGGGGGCUCUGUUCGGUUUCUCCUCCUAUGGACCAAUCGCAUUGUUCGGGGUGAUAGCCAAUGAGAGCGCUCCUUCUAACUUCUGUGGGACGUCUCACGCCAUCGUCGCACUGAUGGCCAAUGUGGGCGGUUUCUUGGCUGGACUUCCCUUCAGCACCAUUGCCAAGCACUACAGCUGGAGCACUGCAUUCUGGGUAGCGGAGGUGACCUGCGCCAUCACCACGCUGGUCUUCUUCCUGCUCCGCAACAUGCGUACCAAGAUGGGCCGCGUGUCCAAGAGGUCUGACUGAGCCGCGAGUUCACAGCACGACCCCGCCACGGCCCAGAGGAGCGGCCUGCUGACACGUCACGUAGCAUAACAACACACGGGCAGGCCCUUUCCUCAUUGGUCAGUCCGAUUACCCGUCCGCCAAUCCGGUUCCAGAGAACACACCUGGAAUCUGAGCUCAGCAAUUUUUUUUAGGAAUUAACUAAAUCAUUUUGAUAGUAACAAAAGGAUUCGCAUUACCCAGCCCCCUACCAGAUCAUUAUUUCUGUGCUUUAGGAAUAGAUAAUACUCACCCUUUAAAACAACAUUGUGUCCUGAAUCGGAUGUUUAAAUCACACAGAAUCAGGCAGUCACACUGCACAUUGUAUUACACCUGCUACCACCUUAUCAGUAUCACAAUAGAAGGCAACACAAAUACAGUGCAGUCUGUGAGCAAGCUGGGUUAUUAAUCUCCCUGUGCUGUUUCUAUUCAGUAACGCCUCCCUCAGUGUCUCCCAAUCUGCAAACACAAGGUUGUAUUUUUUAAUAAGCUUAUAAUAUUACUGGGUAACAACUGGAACGAAUCCCAAAAGUGAAAAAUGGGUUUUCAUCUCAUUUGUGUGAAGUACUGCCACGGGUCUUGAAUCCUUUGUUUUUUAAAUAGAUAUUUUAAUACGAUAGGUUAUGUGUCAGGGAAAUUAGCCAUUUUUUUUAUUUUUUUUGCCUGGUUUGUUAAUAAUCAGAUUUUAUCCCCUAGAACCCACAUUGCUUCCUUGUAAAAGACUAAUGCAUUUCUUCUUAGAAAGUAUUAUUUCAAUAAAACACCAUUUCUGAUAAUAAUGAUUAUUACUCGAGAUAGAUAUUUUAUUAAACGGCAAUCAUCUAUUUUUGAUUCCAGUAAGGACAUGACUGUGAAUUGGUGUUACGUUACAAAGCUGUAUUUAUGUCAUUAAUAAAAUAACACAACACUAAUAGAGUAUUAAAACACUA